UAGGGAGGGAAAUUGCUGAUUUGCACAGGAGCAGUUUAAUGGAGCACUGCGAACAAGCUUUUGACAGAUGUUUACAGCGGGCGAAACCGCUCUAUAUGUCAGAGACUAGAAAAUAAGGAAAAAGCGGUUGGGAGGAGUCAACAUCGGAACGGUGUCAAUUACAACGAUGCACGCUCUCUAGUGGUUCCCGGUUCCCACCACUGUUUAUCGUGUAGCGCUUUCAAGGCGGAUCCCACAGUCACUGACACUCACUUUGCUCGUACGUCAUUCACGUCAACGAUCACGCAUGCGCGGUGUGAUUGGGCAGUUUGGCUAUUCCUGGGCGGAAGCAAACAUGGCGGAUGUUGAAGAAACAUUAAAGAGGAUCCAGAGUCAAAAAGGUGUCCAAGGAAUCAUCAUUGUUAAUUCUGAAGGCAUUCCUAUUAAGAGCACAUUGGAUAACCCCACUACAAUGCAGUAUGCAGGCCUCAUGCACCAGCUAGUAAUGAAGGCACGUGGUUCUAUCAGGGAUAUAGACCCCCAGAAUGAUCUGACUUUCCUCAGGAUUCGGUCCAAGAAGAAUGAGAUCAUGAUUGCUCCAGAUAAAGACUAUUUCUUAAUCGUCAUUCAGCAGCCAACAGAAUGAAUCCUUUCUGGCCAAUAAAGUUGUAUUUUUAUGUUAAAUUUAAUUUGCCAUGGUCUCUUCCUUUAUUUUAAAGAGGGGAAAUUGACAAGCUGCAGCCUUGGACUAUAUUUGCCUACCUAUAACCCAUAAAAUGAUGUUUACAACGCUCAUCGUUAAACAUGUUGUAAUGAAGUACAUUUGGUGAUGUAUAAGCAGCAAAUGGAUGUAGACAAGCUGUCGUGUUCUGCAUGUCCUAACAGAAUAUUACUCACACAAGCUAAACCCCUUAUUAAUAUGGAUAGAAGCUAAAAUAAAAGUAUUAUGUUCUGCUCUGUAUUUAUGUUCUCUUCAAACUCCUUUGAACAAUAAAUCCAUUUUACAAA